AUGGAGAGGAGCAAUGAGACAAAUGUGAGUGAAUUUGUCUUCCUUGGCUUCUCAGCCCUGGCUGGAUUUCAGCAACUAUUGUUUGUAGUAUUCCUUCUCCUUUAUCUAUUUACUCUAGGCACCAAUGCUGUGAUCCUGUCCACCAUUUUGCUGGAGCGAGCCCUCCAUACUCCCAUGUACUUCUUCCUUGGAAUUCUAUCCUCAUUUGAGACAUGCUACACUUUUAUCAUAGUACCCAAGAUGCUUGUGGAUUUGCUGGCUCAGAAGAAGACUAUCUCUUUCAUGGGCUGUGCUGUUCAGAUGCUCACCUUCCUUUUCCUUGGCUGUUCUCACUCCUUUCUGCUAGCAGCCAUGGGCUAUGACCGCUAUGUAGCCAUUUGCAAUCCUCUUCGUUACACAGUGCUGAUGGAUCACAGGAUGUGUCUGGGACUGGUAGCUGCAGCCUGUGUCUGUGGCCUCACAGUUGCCUUAGUUACAACAUCCCUUGUAUUUCACUUGCCCUUCCAUUCUUCCAACAAGCUCCAUCACUUCUUCUGUGACAUUUCCCCUGUCCUCAAGCUGGCUUCCCAGCAUACUCGCCUUGGUCAGAUGGUCAUCUUCAUCUUGGGUAUAUUUGCCCUGGUCAUCCCUUUAUUGUUGAUUCUGGCCUCCUAUAUCCGUAUCAUCUCUGCCAUAUUAAAGAUCCCCUCCACUGUGGGAAGGUACAAGGCCUUUUCUACCUGUGCUUCCCAUCUCAUUGUUGUCACUGUCCACUAUGGCUGUGCCUCUUUCAUCUAUUUGAGGCCUAAGACCAACUAUAACUCUAGCCAAGAUGUUCUGAUAUCUGUGUCUUAUACUAUUCUAACCCCAUUAUUCAAUCCCAUGAUCUAUAGUCUAAGAAAUAAAGAGUUCAAGGCAGCGCUGAGGCAUGCAAUAAGCCAGAACUUGUGUACCAAACAUUAA